UCGAGACCAGUCCGUCACGGAACGCCGUUGGGUGAGGUCGUCGUCCUGCGGCCCCGCGCAACUCUCCUGAAAACAAACGACAGUCGCUCCAAACUAGGGCGCCCCCAAAGUGGUCGGUUACUUCGAUCGUUAUUAAUUGGCAGAGGUAUACUUUCGUAACGUACCGCGAUCGCGGUUUCGGAGGACACUCGCAGCCGCGAGACCGCGAACGCCGCCGGGUCCUGGGCGCAUGCGCCGGGCGCGCCGGCCGAAGAGGGCACACCCGAGACCCGAGAGGGGCCCGCUUCACCCUGGGUGGCAGGAGCUCCGCGAAGAUGGUGCGCGGUCUCUCGCAGUGGACAAAGACUCUGAGCUUCCCGGCGAGGGUGUCGCCCCAGCGGCCCGCCAAGGAGAACAAGGCCUUUCCCGUCAGUCCCAGCGCCAGCCCCACCUCGCCGCCCAGCCCCGUCAACGACAACAUGGAGAAAGCGCCCAUCAUCACCGACGAGAACUUCCAAGACUUGGAAGCUGAGAAGGCAAUAAUGGGAUCGAUCGUUUACUGCAUCCAUCAUAAAGACGGUUGCAAGUGGUCCGACGAGCUGAGGAAACUUAAGGCACACUUGAAUACGUGCAAGCACGAUGCGGUGCCCUGCAGCAACAAGUGCGGCGCAAUGAUCCCUAGAGUCCUCAUGGAGGACCACCUGAAGUACACCUGUGCCCAGAGGAGAGCGAGGUGUGACUUUUGCGCCAAAGAAUUCACCGGUCAUACCCUCGAGAAACACACCGGUACCUGCGGCUACGAGCCCCUCUACUGCGAGAACAAAUGCGGCAUGAAGGUGCAGAGGCGGCACCUUGGCCAGCACAAAUUGGGGGAAUGCGCCAAGAGGUUGGUGGCCUGUCGCUAUUGCAGCAAGGAGUUCGUCUUCGAUACUCUUGGAGCUCACCACGCCAAGUGCGGAAGGUUCCCCGUGGCUUGUCCGCAUCGCUGCGAGACCGCUGUUCUGCCCAGGGAGGACCUCGAGGUCCACCUCAAGGACCACUGUACAACCCACCUGUUGUCCUGCACCUUCAAGGAUGCCGGCUGCCGCUUCAAGGGCAACAGGUUCUCUCUGGACAAGCAUCUCGAGGAGUCGGCCAAGAUGCACCUGAGCCUGAUGUGCAGCGUGGUGACCAAGCAGCAGCAUCAGAUCACCAGCUUGAAAUCCGCUAUCGGGAAGCUGUCGCUCAAUUACACGGGCACGCUGAUAUGGAAGAUCACGGACUACACCGCCAAGAUGUCCGAGGCGAAGGCCAAAGAAGGCAUGGAACUCGUCAGUCCACCAUUUUAUACUAGUCAAUAUGGAUAUAAGUUACAGGCGUCCGUCUUCCUCAACGGCAACGGGACCGGCGAGGGCAGUCACAUCUCUAUAUACAUAAAGAUCCUACCCGGGGAAUACGAUGCUCUCCUCCGCUGGCCCUUUUCCCACAGCGUGUCCUUCACCAUGUUCGACCAGACCGUCUUGGCCGAGAAAGCCUGCAACAUCGUCGAGAGCUUCAUACCCGACCCCACGUGGAAGAACUUCCAGAGGCCCAGCCGGGAGCCGGACUCGCUUGGCUUUGGCUUUCCAAGAUUCGUGUCUCACGAGAUGGUCAAGAAACGACAUUUCGUUAAAGACGACACCAUGUUCAUCAGAGUCAAGGUCGACCCUAGCAAAAUCGUCGCGGUUUAAGCUCGGCCCCUCGGGUCGACCGACGUUAUUUCUGUGAAUUAAAGGAAUCUUUAUCGAAUGUAUAAUGGCCGAUGCCGCAACGCGCACGUAUCUCUGAAAGAUCCCCGUGGCCAGGUGACCAUCUUUCAGGCUUUACGCGCGACAUUGUUGCAAUGACGUCACAUUUUGCGGCGAUAUUUUGUAUCGUGGCAAUAUCGGGCUCUGCGCGCAUCCAUUUGGAUAGGUUCGGUAAAUAUUUCUCGUGUAAAUAUUGGACUCUGAAUGGAGGAAAGUACUUAGGAACGAUGAUAUAUACGACAGGACUGAGAUCGAUUAGGACGUUGCAUCGACGUCCGCGAGGACGUGUGAAUAAAAUCGGAUAACUCAUACCGCGCAAACGAUAGAUACAUCACACGCAACUAGUAUACAGUUUUUGUCAUACUUCUGUAUGUUUUUGACACGUCUACUUUGUGUUUCGAUGAUAUUUAUAGCAUUAGUAAUUUAUUUUUACUGCGAGGUGACUCUACUCGUGCACAUCGAACUGGAUGAACUCCUUUGAUUGUCAUGCCUCGAAGACAAUGUAGGUGUUCAUGAUAUUUUAAACAAUGAUUCUGGUUAAUGGUUAAAACCCCGAGAAAUUGACGUCGCUGCGUUUAUGUCUUGUUACCGUCGACGUCGAUUGCAGGUUGGCAGUUAAAGUUUACGUAGGGAAAUUUCUUCACUGCGAAUGAUAUUACCAGCCUACGAUGCAUUUAAUUCUUAUACGUAUGUUCUUUUGAUAAAAUGUCGAGGAAACAUUUUAUACUUAAAGAUAAAAAUCAAAGAUUACUAAGGCCGUGUACUAUAUAAGUAAUAUGUAAAUAUUGUGAAAAGCGAUGUUAAACGGUGGGCAACAUUUGGAUAACUAAGUUGCUAUUAAUUAUACCAAUGUGUAAAUACAUCUCCCCAAUAUCCUCGGGAUCGAUAACGAGAAAAUGUGAUUGAGAUGCUAGUGACUGUAUGUAACACUUGAAACGAAGUACAGAGGUAAAAAAAAAAAGUUACAUAAAUCUUAA